UCAAUGUAUCCGUAGUAUGGCUGCCGAUAGUCUUAUUGGCAAAACAUUUAUUAACCUAGAACUAUUUCUACACAAGGUUGCACAGCUUGGUGUAUUUGAAGCGCUCAUUUUUAAUUACAAACUGAAAGUCGGCGUUUUGGAACCUGUUAGUAAUCUUUUUAAGCCUAUUGUCAACGAGCUUAUAAACGAAUUGCAGUUGGUGAUUCAGGAGCAGGCCCUUGUUGGACCAUACAGUCAACCUGCAGUAACAUCGCCUCAAAAUUUAAAUGGUGUUAGGAUUGAAACGUGCAGCAGCAAUGAAGAAGGGAAGACUGAUACCACUAGAACCAACGAGUCCGUCGUCUUAUCAUUUUGUGAAAUUGAUUACUCAACAAAAGACAUUCAGAACCUAACAUCUCUUCAUAAUGUGAACGAAGCAGAUUCAACAAACCAUGAAACACCCUCUAACUUUCAGGAUGGGGAUGGGAAUGGGAAUGAGGGUGUAGUGACAGAGAAUAUCGACAGCCCAAAAGAGAAUGUCAAAGCCUGUAAAACAUUACGCCGAAAGCAAAAAGAUGAGCGCUGCUGCAAAACAGAAAAUGACGUUAUAGGGAAAAGCUCUCAUAUGCAAGACACCGGCAACAAUGAUUCUAGAAGCAGAUUUUUCAUGUGUCCAGUAUGCAACAGGAAAUUUCUCAAGGAAAGUCGAUUGGCAGCACAUUUAUCGAAGUGUGGCAAGGCAAAGGGCAAGGCAGAAACGAGGUUUUGUGAAUAUUGUGACAUGGGAUUUUCUUCACAACGUGUGUUAAAUUUACAUAUUGAAAGGAUUCAUAAACUGCCUUUGGCAUCAACUGAAUCUGCUUCUACCGCUGGAGAUACAAUAUCUCUUAAGGAUGAUUUUCCAGAUGAUUUACCAUUCUUCUGCUGUGUUGUGUGUCAGUCUGCUUACAAGUCUGUAUCUGAUUUUGUGACCCACGCAUGCAAGGACGCCAGUCUCAAACUAGGACGAGAGGCAGUAGCAAGUGCUGAACACCUGAGACAGCUUCGCAAAUUUCUUUGUGGCCUUUGCCGAGAAGAAUUCAGAAGUUUGGCUCGAACAUUGUACCAUCUGGCACGCUGUUCUGGUGGCCCAUAUCGCUGUGAGCUCUGCCCAAACAAGUAUGAUUAUCCACGUGAACUCAACCAACAUAAAAGCAAGGCACACAGGGGUGCAAAUAGCUUUUUCUGUGAUGAGUGUGGUUUAAAUUUUAAGCUCAGAACAUCCUUGCAGAAACAUAAAGUAAAUCGUCAUGAGAGGCACGAGAGCCUUUUCACAUGCGAUGAAUGCUCGAAAACAUUUACGAAGAGAAUACAUCUAACUAGGCACAAAAUAUGUUUUCAUCGGUUUGAAAGGAAAUUCUUAUGCCAGGUGUGUGGCAAAAAAUUCUCAACCCACAGCAGUUUAAGUGCUCACUUGGACACACAUACAGAACUCAAGAGAUUUUCAUGUACCUUCUGCAGUCGCAAAUUCCGACAGAAAGAAAAACUGAAGUUCCACAUCAGAAUACAUACAGGAGAACGCCCUCACCUGUGCCAGACAUGUGGCAAAGGAUUCAUAAGAAAAUCAAAAUUGGAUGAUCACAUUCGGCGGCAUUUGGGAGAGAAACGAUACAGUUGUGAUCUUUGUCCCAAGUGCUAUGCCAGUAGUUGGGACCUUAAGUUGCAUCGGAAGAAAUGUCAUCCAGAGGUUGAGUCUUCAAAUCCCCUAUUGAAGCUUCAGCAUCUACUGAAGCUCCUUCAGAACUGACACCAGUUGCUGACAUUGAUGAUCCAGAUGAGCCAUCACCAUUACCUGUUCCACUCUCUGUUGAAACUGUUGUACCACAGCAGCAAUCAGCAUCUAGUACACCUCCUGUGCUAGUACAGCUUGAUGGAGGACAUGCAGGCAUGUUGACAUUAACUGAUGCUGUACAGUUAGGCCAUUGAUGGCAGCUGAUGGGACCACAGCAACUGGAGGACCAACUCUUGGAACAACUGCCCAGUUUGUGCAACCACCUCCUACAGAGGCCUUUGGACUUCAACCUGGACUGGUCUUUGUUCCAGCAACUUUUGAUGUUAGCAGUAUCACUUAUUGAUAACUUAUAAUAAGAAAUCUGGUUUUAUUGUGCACUGCUCCCAAUUGUAAGGCUUGUGAUUAGUAUAACAUUGACAGUGUUUGUAAUUCCUCAUAUAAGUGAUAACAUUUGAGUUGUCUGUAUAAUGUAGUGAUUGUGACUGUAGCAUUGCAUAUCAUCUCUGCUAAACAAAUAAUUAGUCAUAAAAUGAAAUAUUCAUUACUCAGCUGACACUAAAUUAAUUUAUAAUCUUUUUCCUUUUCUUUUUACGUCCUAAUGAAGUGAUAAUGUGUCACUACAUUGAGUGUACUUGAUUACACUCAAUACUGAUGUGUGGUGGUUAUAUCCCCUCACAAAUGUGCAAGUUUCCAAAUUUUUAAUAAUGUUUCCUGGUGUACCAAAGAAUGACGAUGAUGAUCACACCAAGUCCCCGAGUGGAGAGUAAAUGUUUCUGUUGGUAUCUUUACAUUACAUCCCUCAUCCUCUGUGAACAUUUACAGUGUCAUGAUAUUUUGAAAAAGCUGUCUCAGUAACCAGAGAAACUCACAGUAACAUACGGCCCAAAAAAUAAAUAAUUUUUGAAAAUACUAUUGCCUGUGCAUGAUAAUAUUGGAAACAAUAUAGAAGUCACAUAAUACCAAACUUUGUUGGUAUCAUCAUCUACUGCCAAUACUCAUUCUUGGCAGUUGCACAGAAGGCUUUUCUGAAAGAAAUCGAACUUCAGGAAAUUUACAUGUAUUCAUAAGUUGUGUAGGUAACUUUUGUUCUACAUCCUUAUUCUGUGAUAGCAUUAUUUUAUUUUCAUUAAUCUUAUGUAGUUCCCCAGCAGUAUUUUGUUACUACAUUAAAGAUCUACCAUGCAGACAUAUUCUCAUAUUUUAUCCCAAAAUAUCAAAAAAGAAAAGAAACCAGAGCAGAUAAGAUCUAUCAUUAAAACAAGAGUGAUAGGUAAAGCUAUCACAAAACUCAUGGUACAUUGUGAAGUUCUUUUUCAUCAUUGUCAUAGACACCUAUCUUGCACAAAUGUAUGUUCAUUGUCCAUUUACUUACUCAUUUAUAUGGGGUGGCAUGUCUGAAGGCACAGAAUUUUUGCUGAUUAUGGGCGCUAUUAGCCAAGGGCAGCUAGCCAGUGUCUCCUGCGACUCAAGGGGUGUUGUGUCAAAUGGCACUCAAUUAGCGGACACCUGUGGCAACACCGAGACACCAAUGUAGGGGCCUGGUGACUGCCCUGGCGACUCUGAGUUGCCCAGACCCCUCACGGGGUAUUGUGGUAAAUGGGGCCCAUGACCCCUAAGACACUUACAUCACCACUUUUCUUCCACUGGGCCAGUGCACACGCAUGGUGUGUCACUCUGGCAGCUGUCCUCCAGUAGCUCAUGUACAACAUUACUGUGUACGCUGUACUUGCACUGUGUUACAAUAUUGUUAACUUAUGAAUAUGUAAAUACUGCCUCGAGAACUCAGGGAGCUGAAUAAACUCUUUGAAAGUAAAAUAAA